GCUGUAGUGAAGUUUCUUACGGGGUCGUCAGAAUGAAGGGCGCCGUUCUUGCAGUUUUUGCAACGCUUUUGGCAUUGAGCAGUGCCGCCGAUGAAAUUUGUUUAGGCGUACCGGAUGGGUCAUACGUGAGGGGCCGAUACACCUGCCAGGAUUUUUACUUUUGCGCUAGUGGAAAUGCCUACUUCCAGAGUUGCCCUCCCGGAUUGUGGUUCUCACUAGAACAGCAAGCCUGCGUACCGCCAGAAGAAUCCGACUGUGAAUACGAACAAAUUCCCGGACUGCCGGAGCCCCCGAUGCCUGAACCUAAUCCGGAGUGUGAAGAGGUCGAAAAUUUCAGCUACCUCGCCGCCCAAGACAGUUGCCAAUUUUACUAUCAAUGCAUCGACGGAUACUCCUAUCGGCUCUCCUGCCCGAAAGGAUACUGGUUCAAUUUUGAGUUCCAGCGAUGCGGAAAUCGGUACGAGUUCUCAUGUGACUUGGAAUUAUCCACACCCUCUCCCCCGAUGCCCCCACCAAGUCCCUGCGCUGGCAUACAAAACUUCGGAUUAGUACCAAACAUUUAUCACUGUUACGCCUUCUAUAUGUGCAUCAUGGACCGACAUUUCCCGAUGACAUGUGAGGGCAAUCUGUGGUUCGAUCGUGCCACCCACACUUGCAGGGAUCCGGCCGAGGCCGAGUGCAUUCAGGCUGGACCUCCGCCACCACUUCCGCCAAGCCCUAACAUUUGCGAAAACGUUGCCGAUGGCCAGAAGGAGCUUCAUUAUCGGUUCUGUAACGAAUACUUCGAAUGCGAAAAUCAAGUAGGAACUCCACAUAUUUGUUCCGAGGGACUGUGGUUUGACGAGGACGCCCAAGACUGUGUGGCACCAAUCGAUGCCUUCUGUCCACAUGGGGGACAACCGGGAGGUCCUCCGGUUCCGAAUAUCUGCAUCGGCGCUGACGAUGGAACUCUGAUGCCCUCGGAAGUGAACUGUCAAACUUACUACGUGUGCGCCAAUGACGUGGCCUACAGAUUACACUGCGCCCAAGGACAAUUUUUCGACCGUGAAGAGCUCAGAUGCGCUCCGAUGAACGAAGUUGUUUGCCCGGUGUAAAUUUAGGAAUGGGAAUUUUUUAA